UCUUCUCCCGUCACUCAACUCCUCUAACCCUAAUCCCCAAACGAGCUCUCGCGACUGUGGCGGCGGCGGCGCCCGACGGAGUGGUCGACGGUGGCGAGGGAAGCGGCGACUUCAGUGCGGGUUUGGUCCACCGAGAUCCAUGGCGCCUGGCAGGUGCGACGACAGAGAGGAGACCGAGGAGAAGAAGAGUAGAGAAAUGAUAUCAGGGCAGGUUCCGGUUGCCAUCGAUGACAUUGAGUACUAUGGCUGGGAGGUUGAUAGCAAGAUUAAGUGUUUCCAUGGUCUGCUGCCGGUUAGGAAAGUGGCAUUUGAUGGAGAGAACACAGGCAGACGAUUCAUUGGUUGCAGCUGUGAGGAUGAGACAUCCUGUGAUUUGCUAGUGUGGUAUGAUCCUGAAUGGCCUGGACCAUUAAAGAGAGCUCUACAACAGUUGUGGACCAUGCUUUCAACACAGGAACACAAGAUUCAUGCUGAGCUUGAUAGCCUUUUCAGAACUUUGGAGAGUGGACGUGGACGCCAGCAUGGCACGGCAGUAAGAAAAACCAGACACGUGGAUAGGAAAACCAUUUUGGAUGGACUGAGAGACUAGAAGUGUCCGGUUUUGAAAAUUGAGGGACGAAAAAAGUACAAAAUUUUGUUGAGAGACGAGAAGCGAACUUUCAGACAACUUGAAGGACGAAAAAAAGUACUUUUCUCUUGUUAUUAUGAGUAAAUUUGGUGUGAUCAGUAGCAAGUUACUGUAAUAUGGGAUUCACAUAUUAUAGGUUGUUUCUAUCUCCGCAACACAAAUUUGUGUCAGAAGCUUAAUGUUCUACUAUGUCAACUCAAGUUUUGAUGUAAACGUUGUGUGUCUUGCGUGUUUCGUCACUUUGAAAGCUCAGUUUCAAAUGAGUGCUGUACUGAAUUCACUUUUAGACUUGAUCUUGUAUGUGUUGAUCCUGGAAGUUUAUCUUGAACUGGUAACUGUUGGCAUUAAGUCUCCUGAUGAUUCUGUACUUGGAAUGGCAUGUAUGACUAUUAUUUUGAAUAAAACUAGAGAAGAAGAAUGUUCCA